UUUUGGUUCAGACUGCCGUUUUAUCCAAGCAGCACAUUCUGCGGUCAGGCCCGUAGCCUCAAGGCGGGCGUGUCCCUCUACAGGGGUUGCCCAGCAACAGGCAGAACAAGUAUGUUGACAGUUUGUUCUGUCAACUUUGAUAUUAUGUUUGGCAUCUUGCUUGACUAUUUGAGGUUCUUCCUCCCAAUAACGCCUGCAGGAGGACACGCCCGACCUAACCGUAGCCCAUCAGUACACGCAGGGGGGACGAAGGGGAUGUUGGCGUGUUGCUGCGCCGCGGUGCCUGCCGCACGCGCGGAGGUGGUACAGACUCAAGCCGUGCUGGGCAGAGAGGAUGGUCCUGGUGUCGCACUGCCAGACUCCAGAGAAACAUCCGGCAGGCAGUUCGAAAGGAUGUCCCAUAAUCGACCUCGCAGGCGAGUCGUCGGAAUCCACGGGGGAGCGCGACUUGAACACCGACGUCGGCGAGCCCAGGAGUCGGCAAGUGACGACCGAGGAGUAUUUCCCGCGGUGGAACCCGCACAGGGCCGAGGUUUCUGGAGAUUGCCAGAUCGGCGCUGGCGCCCCUUGGAUUGGGUUCAUGGAGCAUCCUAUUCUGUGCGACUUCCAACGGGGAAUCGAUGCAUCGCCGGCUGGCUGGGCAGACAGCCCCGUCCAGGCCUCCCCCAGGCUCCGCUUCUGGGCUUCCGAGAGGGACGCGGCGCAGACCAGCGAGGGGCGCCUGAACGCGCAGGUGCGCAUCUUCGUCGGGAAGGCCCAGAAGGGCAUGGGCGUUCACCUCUGCGACAUGGAGAGCCUGCUGCUGUCCCAGUGCUUGCUCAGGAUCGACGAGACGGCGACCACGCUGACCCUCCAGACCGCGCUGGCCCGUGAGCAGGAGUUCAGCCUGAAGGGCCUGAAGUCCACCCUGAAGGGCGAGGCCUUCAAGAAGAGGGUGCCACGGUUGGCCCACGCGACCAAGGAGUGCCUCCUGCUGGUUUUCGGGGAGGGCUCGGAGGAAUCGGCGCACUGCCUCGUUUUCAAGGACAUGAGCGACCGCGACGAGUUUCAUACCAGCAUGAAGAUCAUCCAAGUCGUGGCGUCCCAGUACACGAUGUAAUGUAUGGAUCAGCUUGCUAAUGUUUGGUAGUCCCUCGAAGUGCACGUCGCCAUGAACUUGUUGAGGCCGCCAGCCUCACCGUUUUUUAUUUUUCGAAGCUGCUCGGGCCCUGGCAGCCCGCAGGGACGGCACGCCGAUUCAUAUAUCUAAACGCCGCUCGGGGCCUGUGCAUCCCGGCGCCUUUCCAAUUCGAUGCAUCGGGCACUCGAGAUUGUCAUCUUGCAGGCAGCAUUUUCAAAGCUUUUAUGUUCUUGUGCGGUGAUGUUCUCGAUUACAGUACUCGGAUCCUGGAGUGCCUGCAAACCUCGUCGUCCUCGUGAAGAGUUGCCCCUGCGUGUUGAGCAUUCAGGUGCAUGCGGCAAGUUCUGCCACCGUUCCAGCCCAGCACUCCUUGCUUAUCUCGUUCACGUGGCCAGAACUCGCUCCUGUUGAUGUGCAGUAUUGUGUUUCUUGGAGUUGGUCUUCCGUUCAGGGUUCGGUGUAUUUGGGCCGGCGGGAUCAUGUCCGUUGGCCCCGCUGGCAAGUCCGUGAUCACCGUUCUCCAUGACUGCGACGGCGUCCAUACCUAUGCCCGCGCGAGG